AUGCAUCACUCACAGGAGCUUGAGCAGUCAGCUAAAGAGCAAGACAAAGAGUCGGAGAAGCAAGCUCUGCUCCAGGAAGUGGAGAAUCACAAAAAGCAGAUGCUCAGCAAUCAGACCUCAUGGAGGAAGGCUAAUCUCACUUGCAAAAUUGCUAUCGACAAUCUAGAGAAAGCAGAACUUCUCCAGGGAGGAGACCUCUUAAGGCAAAGGAAAACCACCAAAGAGAGCCUGGCCCAGACGUCCAGUGCCAUCACGGAGAGCCUCAUGGGGAUCAGCAGGAUGAUGUCCCAGCAGGUCCAGCAGAGCGAGGAAGCCAUGCAGACUCUAGCCAAUUCUUCCCGGACUAUCCUGGAUGCAAAUGAAGAGUUUAAGUCCAUGUCAGGGACCAUCCAGUUGGGACGGAAGCUUAUCACAAAAUAUAAUCGCCGAGAGCUGACGGACAAGCUUCUCAUUUUCCUUGCCCUGGCCCUUUUCCUUGCUACGGUCCUCUAUAUUGUAAAAAAGCGGCUCUUUCCAUUUUUGUAAGAUCUGGAAUUACCAGCUUUUGCCCUUUAAGCUCGUGUCAGGAUCUGUCCAUGCUCCUGAGGUUUGGCCCCGGCUGCCAAACCAGUGCACACCUCUGCAGACUGUUCCACUUGCUCAGCAGGUGGAUUGCAGACCCAGCCCCCCAGCUUUCUGUAGGCAGCUGGUUGGCCUAUAAAGGGCGAGUAGAGCAAGGGGAGGCCUGUCAUCAGGAUACCUGCAGGACACAGGGACUCCAGGAGCCAUCACACAGUGCGUGUGGCUGUCACAUGGGGCAUGCAGAGGCCAGCCUUCAGGAUUGGAUCCUCCUCUCUCCCCUUCUCCUGCUGUAGCCUUAAUGCCAGAUCUGGUGGAAGGAAGAGAGAAGUGGGGAGAAGAAGGAUAAGGAAAACUCAGGCCCAUUCCUUGAAUAAACUUGACUCUAUUUAAUAGAA